CCGGUGACAGCGCUGGCGGAGCCGCUGGGCUGGCAGGAGGUGCAGCGGCGCGGGAUGGCGGAGGCUCCUCCAGUGGCAGGUACGUUUAAAUUCAAUACGGAUGCUGCUGAGUUCAUUCCCCAGGAGAAAAAAAAUUCUGGUCUGCAUCGUGGGACCCAAAGAAGACUAGAUUCUCAUAAGAUUGUGAGAAGAAAUCUCACCUCUCCACCGCCUUGCCACCUUUCCAGGCAGGGUCCUUAUGAUGAGGUCAACACUGUUCAUCAGCACACUUACCACCCUUCGGGCAGCAAACCCAAGAAUCAACAGCCUUCUUUCCAUUCCACUGCUGCUGGUAAAUCACUCAAGAGCCAUGCUCUUCAGAAUCAGCAAUGGCAGAAAUUGAGGAGUGAAAAACAGCAUAUCAGAGUCAAGAGAAUACAGAGUCUCUCUGACCAGACCUCAGAUACAGCCACCUUAGAAAGUGGAUCCAGGUCAGAGAGUGGGACAAAUCCUAGAGAGCAGAGCCCUUCUGAGGGUGAGAAAGAAAUUGUUAGUGCAGACCCGAGGGGAGCAAAGCCCAAAAAAGCUACUCCAUUUGUAUACAGCUAUGGUCGAGGAACAAAAGUCAAGGGGAAACUCAAAGGUGAAUGGGGUAACAGAAUGCCUCUAAAACCCGAGGAUAUUGGACCUGAAAAUAAUAAAUCAGUGGGGGCUAUCCACCCCGAUUCCUCAGAUACCCCUUUUAGAAAAGGAGUACUGGAUGGGUAUGCCGCAAGACGCAAUGAGCAAAGAAGAUACCCACAGAAAAGGCCUCCCUGGGAAGUAGAGGGAGCCAGGCCACGGCCAGGCAGGAAUCCACCAAAACAGGAGAACCAACGGCAUGCAAGUGCUGGCCCCCGAAACAGCAUGACCCCCAUUCCAAAGUAUAAUCUCAGCGAAAGACCAGCAAAAUCUGCUUGUGACAGUGGGAACUUAGCUGUCAUCAACAAGCCUUCCAGAAGGGUUGACCCAGAAAAAUGUGCUGGAAGGAGGCAGAAUCCUCCAGCAGUAUCUCCUUUCCUCCGAGGCAAGCAGAAUCAUGUGUUGAAGAAUGUGGAGACACACACUGGUUCUCUAAUUGAGCAGCUGACAACAGAAAAGUACGAGUGCAUGGUAUGCUGUGAAUUGGUUCGUGUCACAGCCCCUGUAUGGAGUUGUCAGAGCUGCUACCAUGUGUUCCACUUGACCUGUAUACAGAAAUGGGCCAGGUCUCCAGCAUCUCAAGCAGAUGGCCAGAGUGGUUGGCGGUGCCCUGCAUGUCAGAAUGUUUCUGCACAUGUUCCUAAUACCUACACUUGUUUCUGUGGCAAGGUGAAGAAUCCAGAAUGGAGCAGAAAUGAAAUCCCACACAGUUGUGGUGAGGUUUGUAGAAGGAAGCAGCCUGGCCAGGACUGCCCACAUUCCUGUAACCUACUCUGUCAUCCCGGACCUUGCCCACCAUGCCCUGCCUUUACAACUAAAACCUGUGAAUGUGGACGGACCAGGCACACAGUUCGUUGUGGUCAGGCUGUCUCGGUUCAUUGUUCUAACCCGUGUGGGAAUGUCUUAAAUUGUGGUCAACACCAUUGCACUGAGUUGUGCCAUGCGGGUCAGUGCCAGCCUUGUCGGAGCAUAUUGAAUCAGGUAUGCUACUGUGGCAGCACUGCCCGAGAUGUACUAUGUGGAACAGAAAUAGGAAAUUCUGAUGGAUUUGGGGACUUUGGCUGCUUAAAGAUAUGUGGCAAAGAUUUGAAAUGUGGAAACCAUACGUGUUCUCAAGUGUGCCACCCUCAGCCAUGCCAGCCAUGCCCACGCCUUCCCCAUUUGGUGCGCUGUUGCCCUUGUGGCCAAACUCCGCUCAGCCAGUUGCUCGAACUUGGAAGCAGUGGUCGGAAAACAUGCAUGGAUCCUGUCCCUUCAUGUGGAAAAGUGUGUGGCAAGCCUCUGUCUUGUGGAUCCUUAGAUUUCAUUCAUACCUGUGAAAAGCUCUGCCAUGAAGGAGACUGUGGACCAUGUUCUCGCACAUCAGUUAUUUCCUGCAGAUGCUCUUUCAGAACAAAGGAGCUUCCAUGUACCAGUCUCAAAAGUGAAGAUGCUACAUUUAUGUGUGACAAGCGCUGUAACAAGAAGCGGUUGUGUGGACGGCAUAAAUGUAACGAGAUCUGCUGUGUGGAUAAGGAGCACAAGUGUCCUUUGAUUUGCGGGAGGAAACUCCGCUGUGGCCUUCAUAGAUGCGAAGAGCCUUGUCACCGUGGGAACUGCCAGACCUGUUGGCAAGCCAGUUUUGAUGAAUUAACCUGCCACUGUGGUGCGUCAGUGAUCUACCCGCCAGUUCCCUGUGGCACCAGGCCCCCAGAAUGUACCCAGACCUGCGCCCGAGUUCAUGAAUGUGACCAUCCAGUCUAUCAUUCUUGUCACAGUGAGGAGAAGUGUCCCCCUUGUACUUUUCUAACUCAGAAAUGGUGCAUGGGCAAACAUGAGUUACGAAGCAACAUUCCCUGUCAUCUAGCGGAUAUCUCCUGCGGGUUGCCCUGCAGCGCCGCCUUACCAUGUGGAAUGCACAAGUGCCAGAGACUCUGUCACAAAGGAGAGUGUCUCGUGGACGAAACCUGCAAGCAGCCCUGCACCAACCCCAGAAGUGACUGUGGCCACCCAUGCAUGGCGCCCUGCCACCCUGGCUCUCCCUGCCCCACCACUGCUUGUAAAGCCAAGGUAGAAUUGCAGUGUGAAUGUGGACGAAGGACAGAGAUGGUAAUUUGCUCUGAAGCAUCCAGUACUUAUCAAAGAAUAGCUGCUAUUUCCAUGGCCUCCAAAAUAACAGACAUGCAACUUGGAGAUUCAGUGGAAAUCAGCAAGUUAAUCACCAAAAAGGAAAUUCAUCAAGCCAAGUUGGACUGUGAUGAAGAGUGUUUAGCCUUGGAAAGGAGAAAGCAGUUAGCAGAGGCAUUUCAUAUCAGUGAAGAUUCUGAUCCUUUCAAUGUCCGUUCUUCUGGGUCAAAAUUCAGCGAUAGUCUGAAAGAAGAUGCCAGGAAGGACUUAAAGUUUGUCGGUGAAGUUGAGAAGGAAAUGGAAGCCCUCGUGGAAGCCGUGAACAAGGGAAAGGCUACUAAGAAGAGCCACUCCUUCCCUCCCAUGAACAGAGACCACCGCCGAAUCAUCCAUGACCUUGCCCAGGUCUAUGGCCUGGAGAGCGUGAGCUACGACAGUGAGCCUAAGCGCAACGUUGUGGUCACUGCGGUCAGAGGGAAGUCCCUUUGUCCUCCUAACACACUGACCAGUGUUCUGGAAAGGGAAAUGCAGUCACGGCCUCCACCACCAAUUCCUCAUCACCGACAUCAGACUGACAAGAAUUCUGGGAACAGUAAUUUACAGAAAAUAUCCAAGGAACCAGUUAUUGACUACUUUGAUGUCCAAGACUGAAAUCAAGAUGCACUAGAUAAAGGAGUGAAUUGUUGUGGCAGAGGCUUCUUUUCCAGCAGUUAAAAAAAAAUCAUGCUUGUUCUAAACUGCCUGGUGGACUUCCAGCCUCGCAUACUGUCUUGUACUGGUACAUCCAAAGCAUGAGUGUUUCCAAACCCCCUGUGUUCUCUAUCCUGUCUGUAUAAAGCAUUUCAGUGGCCAAAUCUUGAA